AUGUCACAAUCCAACUCUCACACCGAACCAGCUGGGAAGCGCAAGCGCGAAUUUGCCCUUGGGUUUGCUAUGGCCUCUGAUGCAGAGUCAUCGGAUUAUGUCUCUCCGAUAUGCCUGGAACCUCCGGCGUCCAUGGAGACUUCGCAAUUGGACAAACUAGCGCCUACGCAAGAGGACGACGAAAAUCCACCUGCCGAACCUGGGAUGGGUGACGCAGAGGUCACCAUUACCCGCAAUGCCAUUGAGGCAAUACAUAAGCCGCACUUAUUUGAUCAGAUUUCAACGGCCUACACCCAGUGCCUGACUUCAUAUGUCUAUGUAGAAUUACCCAUAGAUGGUGGCUAUGUGAUGUUCGCUAGUCUGCGCCGUAUCAUGGCCAAAACUACCUUGGAAGAUUAUCUUCGUUUCGCAUGUUUGGACGAAGACAAGAUCGACAAUGUACUUCCAAUACUUCAGGGAAACGGGGUUAAUCAUUUUGAUUUAUUCUUAUUUGUGGAUUAUGUGAAUAAGGAUCAGCUGCAGUUACUCUAUGAUCAAGGACAUCAUCUUGAAGAAUAUGAUCACAUGCUCGUUUAUAUGGAUCACGAGAACAUGGAACAACACGCCAACACCAUGCCUCGCUUAAAACGUAAUGGUUCCAAUUACGCGAGCUGGCUCUACUGGGUUAAUGAAGAAUAUCGGCGAUUCACUCGUAAUCCUGUGUACUUGUAUGAAUCCAAAUUGCACAUCUCGUCACUGCAUGAAGCGCUUGCGGACGAGGUCCUUUUGGCCAUCAUAUGUGCCACGGUUCAUCCCAAUGUCCUUCCCCAAUCAAUCGGUCGAGACAUAAGGCCCAAAGGAGUCUGGCGAGUGUUUAAGGCGCAGCCUGGUGUAGAAUGUAUGCAGAAAGAUUUGGGUAUAAGUUUGGUUUUAGCAGUAGGAUUAUCACUUUGUCAAUUUUUUUUGCGGAAAUUACAAAUUGGGGAAUUUUUAGUGCGCAUGUGGUGA